AACAAUAACUAAAGCAUGGAAGCCAGGCUAAAAUAGCAACUAAAAACGUAUACCUGAUGCACUCGCUCUUUACACGAUUUUGCGUAGGAGAGAAUGAGACCGCAAACUGAACAUAGUUCUCAUAAUUUGCAGGUUGUCACUAGCAUUCAGUGGACUCAUUACAAUUUUAUGUCAUUGGACUUAUUCAGCAUACUACCAAAUUCAAAAUCACGUUUUGACGUUCUAUGUUUCAGUUUCACUCAACUUGCUCACUUGGCCGAAUUAAAGUACUGAUGUGUCACCGUGGUUGUGUUUACGGCUCGUGUUAUUAAAAAAAAUAUUUUCUAAGGAAUUUGCGCAAAAGAAAGUGUAUGGUCGUUCCUGGUCGUUCUUUAAGAUGUGUUUUAUAUCAUAAAAAUAUGUCUUGUGUGAUUGACGGCUGCGAUUCACAUUCGGGAAGAAAAGAAAACAGUGGUGAAAAAAUUCACUUUCAUUCAUUCCCAAAGGUUGAAAAGAUCAAAGUAGAGUGGAUAAGACGAGUCGGGAGACCUGACUGGAAGUGGAAGACCUACAGCAGGAUCUGUUCCAAGCACUUCUCGCCCGACAAUUAUUUGCACAGUGAAUAUUCUACUAAAAGGCGGUUAAAAUUUCAAGCUGUGCCUUCAAUUAAUUUGUCCGAAGCUGAUUCAAUUAGUUCAGAACGAGGACUCAUUCACAGUAUUCCAUCUGCUGUACAAGGACAAGGAAUUAAUACGGUAACUUCUGAGCAUGGACACGUUCAAUGUUUUCCAUCUGCUGUAACCCGAAGAGCUCUUCAAGCAUUAGAAGGACAAGAAAAUAGAAGUUCAGAACGAGGACACAAUGACAUUCACAGUAUUCCAUCUGCUGUACAAGGACAAGGAAAUAUUACGGUAACUUCUGAACAUGGACACGUUCAAUGUAUUCCAUCUGCUGUAACCCAAAGAGCUCUUCGUGAAUUAGAAGGACAAGAAAAAAGAGUACGUAUCUACAGUUCAUUUUAUUACUCGACGCUUUGACCGCGUUGUAUUGAUUAGUUUAUCGCGAGCCACAUGCUCAUUUCUAAAUCCUACUUCUUAAAAGUGUUUAAACUUAAAUUAUUUUUCUAAACGUUUUUACAUCUUUUCUUUAUUUAUCCUAGGAUUUCUUUAUUUGUCACCCUCGGCGGCAACUUAUUCUAAUUACUUUUUUAACUUGUUUUAGAAACCACUAAUGGAAAUUAACACUGGGAUAGUGUCAAUAGUAAAACGAAAAUGUUCGUCUUCAGAUAAGAGAUGAAUCAUCCGCUGAAAAAAAGAUAAAACUAUUAGAGAAACGAGUUCAAGAUUUAAAAAAUGUUUCGGAUCGCCGUCUACGUAAAAUAAACACGUUAACAAAACGAAUUUGUCGACUUUAAAAAAAAAAUGAAGAUCUUUACACAAUCGUAAUAGACAAAUUGAGACAGGACAAUAUCGAAACCGAGUAUAUUAAUAUGUUAGAUAGCUUAAAUAAGAAUGAUGUAAUCAAAAGAUUUCUUCAGAAACAAUGCGACGAAGUUCUUACCAGACAGUAUGGUAUUGAAAUUAAAAAAUUCGCAGUCACAUUACAUUAUUUAUCACCAAAGGCAUACUCGUUUGUCCGGGAACACUUUGAAAAUGUAUUGCCACACCCGUUUUAAACUGUAGUUCUGACUACAAAAAAGCUAUUAACGACAGCACCAAUUGUAGACGUCGUUUAGAACCUGAAUCACAUGAUACUUUUGAUCAUUUGAAAGAACACGACUACAUUUUGUACCCAUCGUCUCUUACGGAAUAUUCUAAAAAUGUCGUAGAAUACAUAGCGGGCUUUAUCCGAAGGAAAUUAAAAAAAUCUUUACAAUGCGAACAAAGUGAUCCUAUAAGAGUUCCGUUUUUUCCUUAUGAGGUACGGAACCCUAAAAAUGCAUAGAAAGUCUUGAGAACACGGAGAGUAUUCCUGAAAGAUCUUUGAUAUCUAUAAAAAAUAGAGGAGGCCUAUUUAAACCAACAUCCGGCUUAACCAAGAUCUGUCAACUUUCCGAAAAAAUUUUAAGAGAAUAUCAAAUGCAUAUUGGUUCAAAAUCUCUCGGUCAACCAAAAACAUUAUUAGAGAUGAUUAAUAAAGUUUCAGCAAAUGUAUUGUCGUCAGAAAUUUUUCGUGAAUUAAAAGAUCAUUCAUUAGAACAAUCUUUCUAUGAUGAUCACAGAAAUCUUCUUGUAAAGUCCAUAGCACAAAAAUAUUUUAAACUUAGGAUACAUUAUAUAACUAAAAAUUUGACUGUACCUACCGAAAAAAUUCGCACACAUUUAACAAAGACAAUUAUAUUUAAAGGUCAAUGAUACGUAAACACAUUAUAGUGCAUAACUGCCACGGUUUGUAAUAGGUAUAUGCUUUGUUUAUGAACAAUUAAAUUAUCUUUUUAA